AUGAGCUUCACAUUGCAAGUCUUGCUGCUUGUGUUCGCGGAGACUCGCCGGCGCAAGUCCCCGGCUCCGGUGAGGCUCCUCCUGUGGCUCAUGUACCAGCUGGCCGACUCCACGGCGAUAUACACCCUCGGACACCUGUCCGUGGCCAGCAGCAAGGCACGUGAUCCGCACCUGCUGGCCUUCUGGGCACCCUUCCUCCUUGUGCACCUAGGGGGGCCAGGCACCAUCACCGCCUACGCCCUGGAAGACAACCGGCUCUGGCUCCGGCACCUGCUCACACUCUUGGUGCAGGUCCUGGCAGCCGCCUUUGUCAUCUACAAGUACAUCAAAGACGGCAGCACCUUGCUCCUACUCGCCGCUAUGCUGGUGUUCGUUGUCGGUAUCCUCAAGUAUGGAGAGAGGACAUUGGCGCUUUGGCGUGCUAACAUCAGCAGCAUCCGGAGCGCCCUGAAGUAUCCCGAUGGGGAGAAAGAAUUCAACCUUAGUCACUGGAGGAAGCUGCGGUGGCCAUAUCCAAGAAAAGAUCAAGAUAAUGGUGAUGAGGAGCCUCCAAGAAAAGAUCAAGAUGACAGUAGCACUAUUGGUGAUGAGGAGCUUCCUAGAAAAGAUCAAGAUAACAGUACAAUUGGUGACGAGGAGCCUCCAAGAAAAGAUCAAGAUAAUAAGAGUAUUGGUGACGAGGAGCUUCUCCUGGGAGCUCACUCCCUGUUCCACAUCUGCAAGAGUAUGUUUGCCGAUGCAACAUUAUACUUGUCCAAGUUUAAUGGGGAUUGCAGUACUCGCUACGCCAGCAAGGAUUUGUUUGGGUUGGUCGAGAUGGAUAUGUCCCUCAUGUAUGACAUCCUCUACACCAAGGCUGCCGUGGACCACACAUGGUAUGGCUACACUAUACUCGUCUUCUCCCCGCUCGCGACAGCCGCCGCACUCAUGCUGUUCCACUACUCGAGCGACAAGCGUGGUGGCGGCAAGGCCAAUGUCGGCAUCACCUAUGCCUUGCUGUCAGGGACCUUGGCCUUGGAAACCAUAUCAUUAGCCAGGGCCAUUGGGUCGACCUGGGCAUGCGCCUUGAUGUACUGCUGCGGCUGGGAGCGGCUUCUGGGUGCCGUCACCUUCCUCCGCCGGCGCACCAAGGCGGCGAGCAAGAGAAGGUGGUCAGGCUCCAUGGGGCAGUACAACUUGCUCCACGUGUGCACCCGCGACAAGACCGAGCUGGGCAACAGAUUGGCGGCCAUGCUGGGCCUUCAGAACUUGUGGAACAAAGUCCACUACUCCGGCACCAUACCAGCCUCAGCAGCAACGGAUAUCAAGGACCGGCUGCUAAAGGCUACUGGGCUCAAUGCAGGGCACACACGAGGCGUCGGUACUCUGGAAACCAUGAAGAUAGACAGGAACUCUGCUUAUCUUACUUACUCGAGUGUUACCAAUGAUUCGUUUGACGAUAGCAUUCUUUCUUGGCACAUCGCUACUGAUGUUUACCUUUCUCAGUCAAAGAUGAUUGGACACCAAGAGAAACUUGUUGCUGCAGUCCGGGUGCUCUCCAACUACAUGAUGUUUCUUCUGAUGGCACAACCUGAGAUGUUGCCCGGCCCAAUCCGCCAAGGCCAGUAUGCCGACACCUGCAAUGAGCUGGACAAAGUGUGGGAUAAGUGCUUAGCUGAUCGGAAACAGGGCGCGGAUCCAGACAGGGGAUCUCCCCAAAAAUGGUGGAGUAUGCUCAAGAAAUUGUUCCAGCGUGACAAACCCAAUGCCUCUAGGAUGCCGCAGAUAAAGGAGCUUGCCACUAAACUCCUCAGCACUAUCCACAACGAUGCUGACAAUGAUGAAGAGGAUCCUGGCUUUGCACCCGUGUUUUUUCUAAUAGCUCGCCCUGCCAUCGAAGGACCUCGACUAGCUGAAGAGUUUCUCGCGAUGGACUCGGACUCCUUUUUGGAAGUAAUCUUUUAUGUGUGGUUGGAGAUGUUGUGCUAUGCUGCCCACCACUGCGAUAGGGAUUCCCAUGCUAGGCGGCUCAACAACGGGGGCGAGUUCAUCACCGUGGUGUGGCUUGCGAUACAUCAGCAGCAACACAUUGGAACUGUUGGCUGAGGAUUUUACCGAUCCGACGUUUAGGGAGAUUUAAUCUUUUUUUCAUUAUUGUUUCUAAAUUAUUUGCUUCCACUGUAUAUUAUUUUUUCAUAUAGACAGUGUAAAUUUUGUUUACAUAAGG